ACAAAACUGAAUCUGAAAUGUAACGUGGGAAAACACUACAGUAUCUUUACUGAAGUGCGUUUAUUUGUGUUUUUGUCUGCAAAGCGGUGGUAAUCGACUCACAAUAUAUAAGGUAUACACUAUAUAUCUACGUACAAUGAAGAGACCAUGUGAAGACACGACGUCCGACAGCGAGCUGGAUGAGAUGAUCGAUGUUGGAAGUGAGAUUAACUACGGCGGGCUGAACAGUGGCUCGGUAAUUCGUUCAAGUUCACCAACUACAUCAUCACAGAUCAUAGCGAGGAAGAAAAGGAGAGGGAUUAUAGAGAAGAGACGAAGAGACCGAAUUAACAACAGUUUGUCUGAGUUAAGACGACUUGUGCCAACUGCUUUUGAAAAACAAGGAUCUGCAAAGUUGGAAAAAGCAGAAAUAUUACAGAUGACAGUGGAUCAUUUGAAGAUGCUGCAGGCAACAGGAGGUAAAGGUUAUUUUGAUGCCCAUGCACUGGCAAUGGAUUUCAUAAGCAUCGGUUACCGAGAAUGCUUAGGGGAAGUCGCUCGGUACCUGAGUUCUGUAGAGGGGAUGGAUGCCACAGAUCCCUUGAGAGUUCGGCUAGUCUCUCAUCUCAGCACCUGUGCCAGUCAGAGAGAAGCAGCUGCAAUGACAUCCUCCAUAACUCACCAGCAUCAUCCUUUGCAUCCUCAUCAGUGGACAGCAGCCUUUCAUCAUCUCCCUGCAGCAUUGCUACAGCACAGUGGACUUCCUCCUUCAGAGAACACUCCCAGCAGGCUUUCAGCAUCUGAUAUGCCUCCACCUCCAUCACAUGGUUCUGCUCUUCUCACUGCGACAUUUGCUCACUGCACUGACUCUGCACUCAGAGUGCCUUCUGCUGGUAGUGUUGCACCCUGUAUUCCACCAAUAUCUACCUCUCUUCUCUCACUCUCUGCUACAGUGCAUGCCGCAGCAGCUGCAGCUACCGCAGCUGCACACAGCUUUCCUCUGUCUUUUGCUGGUACAUUCCCAGUGCUUCCACCCAGCUCAGCAGCUACAGUGGCAGCAGCAACAGCCCUUAGCCCCACAUUACCUGCAUCAGCAGCUGGCAGCCUUCACCAGAUGAACAGUGGUGGGAACAGCAAACCAUACAGACCGUGGGGAACUGAAGUGGGAGCAUUUUAAGAACAAAAAUCUUUCACUGCCUGUGUUAUGAAUCAAACUGACAACUUUGAGUUCUUUACUUUUAAAUCAAACUCUUUAUGAAGUUCUGCACAAAUAAGCAUGAGAAUGAAAUACGGGAAAGCUCAUUUCACUUUUCAAAAACCAUAAGGCGUGCCAUUACUAAGAUGCUGGCAAGAACCUCAUUUACCUAUUCUUUGGUGUUAAUUUGCAUAAUUUAAAUUCUGUAGACCAUAUAACUCAUUGUAUUUCUUAUUAAAGACCUGCUGGACAAA